AAAGCUAUCAGCCAAAAGCCUUUUUAAUUUUUUUUUUCCUCUUUCAAUGGUCCAUUGUGCAGCCGAGUCCUUCAUUUGGAGCUACAAACCUGCAACAGAUCUCAACUCUCCAACGUUGGAUUCUUCUUUGAGGAAGUUGUUGGAGCGCUCAUCUCGUUUGCAAUUUCAUUAGAGAAAGCGAGUUUGCUUGUGUGAAACAGAGCAAGCAAGCGAAGAAAAGCGAGUUUUCUUGAGAAUCGAGUGAGAGAUAUAGAAAUGGUGGGACCAACAAGACCACAGUUCGUGCUCUUUGGAUCCUCCAUUGUCCAGCUUAGCUUCAGCCAUGGCGGUUGGGGCUCCAUUCUCACAGAUAUCUACGCUCGCAAAGCGGACAUAGUGUUGCGAGGGUACUAUGGAUGGAACUCAAGACUUGCUGUUGAGGUCUUGGAUAAAAUUUUUCCAAAGGAUGCCGCUGUACAGCCUGCUUUGGUGAUAGUCUAUUUUGGUGGUAAUGAUUCCAUGGGGCCUCACUCAUCUGGUCUGGGUCCUCAUGUACCACUUCCUGAGUAUAAAGACAAUAUGAAAAAGAUUGCAGUUCAUCUCAAGAGCCUCUCUGACACCACACGCACAAUUUUUCUGAGCUGUCCUCCAGUCGAUGAGGAGAGGGUUCGGUCAAGUACAAGUCCAAUAUUUAGUGAGUUAGUGCGGACAAAUGAGUUAUGCCGAAAGUAUUCAGAAGCAUGUAUAGAGCUAUGCCAGGAAAUUGGUGUGAAAGUUGUUGAUCUUUUCUCUGCACUUCAAAAAAGAAGUGACUGGACAACUGCAUGUUUUACGGAUGGAAUUCAUUUAGCUGCUGAAGGAAGCAAAAUAGUUGUGGAGGAGAUACUGAAGGUAUUGAAUGAAGCUGAGUGGAGUCCAUCUCUUCACUGGAAAUCCAUGCCCACUGAAUUUUCAGAGGACUCACAAUAUUAUCUUGUUGCAGCCAAUGGAAAAACAACACUGAAUCCCUCUGACUGGACAUUUCACAGGGAAACUCAAUGGAAAUAGGUGGCAGUACUAUUUUUAUCCCCAUGUUUUUUCCCACCUGGAUUAGGAAUUUAAGAAGGGUUAAUCUUUACAAGAAUCAAACAUGAAAAUUUGGAAAAAAAAAUGGUGGGGGUUCUCAGGAAUCCAUAGAGAAAUGAACUUGGAACGUUUAUUGCAAUUCAAUCUUGUAAAGCUUUUACGAAUUUAUUUUUAUUUUGGAGUUUCUA